CACCUACAGUUCAGUGUUUUCAAAGUGGUUUACCAAUAAAUGCUGGAAUGUUCCCAUUAGCCUAAAAGGGAAGAAGAUAAAGUUGGUGAGAGAAAAUUGAAAACAUGGAUGAUCCAGAGCCCUGCGGAAUAAAACAGGAAGAUAUUGAACAACAAAUAGACCUGAUAGAAGAGAACAAGGAGAUUGAAGAACUAGUUGAAGCAGGGGAGAAACAUCUGGUCAAAACUGAAGCGAUAUCCUGGAGUUCCUCAUUGAAAAACGACAAUAUAUGUUUCACUUGCUUUCACUGUGGAAAGAGUUUCUCAUGCAAGCAAAAUCUUGAGCUUGACAUAAUAUUUCAUUUUGGAGGGAAGCCAUAUGCAUGUGAUGAGUGCGAGAAGAUUUUCACAAGAAAAGGAAACCUUAUUGAACACAUAAAAAUUCACACUGCAGAGAAGCCACACACAUGGGAUCAAUGUGGGAAGAGUUUCCCACAAAAACGAAACCUUGAUGAACAUAAGAAAAUCCACACUCUGGAAAGGCAAUGCGAAUGUGAUCAAUGUGGGACGAGUUUCCCAUAUAAAGGAAACCUUGACAAACACAUGAGGAUCCACACCGGAGAAAAGCCGCACAAAUGUGAUCAAUGUGGGAAGAGUUUCGCACAAAAAGGAAACCUUAAAGUACACAUGAAAAUUCACACUGGAGAGAAACCAUAUGCAUGUGAUCAGUGUGAGAAGAGUUUCACACAUAAAGGAAACCUUAUCGUACACAAGAAAAUCCACACUGGAGAGAAACCAUAUGCAUGUGAUCAAUGUGGGAAGUGUUUCAUACAAAAAGUGCCUUUUAAUGAUCACAUGAAAAUCCACAGUGGAGAGAAACCAUAUGCAUGUGAUCAGUGCGGGAAGAGUUUCGCACAAAAAAGAAACCUUAACGAACACAUGAAAGUCCACACUGGGGAGAGGCCGUUCACAUGUGAUCAGUGUGGGAAGAGAUUCACACAUAAAGGUAACCUUAAUGAACACAUGAAAAUCCACACUGGAGAGAAGCCAUAUGCAUGUGAACAGUGCGGGAAGUGUUUCAUACAUAAAACAAGCCUUAACGAACACAUGACAAUUCACACAGGAGAGAAACCGCACACGUGUGCUCAAUGUGGGAAGAGUUAUGCACAAAAAGGAGGCCUUAAAGAACACAUGAAAAUCCACACUGGAGAAAAGCCAUACACAUGUGAUCAAUGUGGGAAGAGUUUCAGAAAAUCAGGCGUUUUUAAAGUACAUCUGCUUAGUCAUUCUAGAGAAAGGCUAUAUAGCUGUGAUCAAUGCGGUAAAAAGUUUUUUAGGGCAGAUUUUCUGAAGGAUCACCUGAAAGUUCAUACAAAGGAGAAGCCUUAUGUAUGUUCUUUGUGUGGAAAGAGUUUUAGUCAGAUGGGUACUUUAAAAUUACACCAGAAAAGACACAGCGGUGUGAAGGAUCAUGUUUGCUCUAAAUGUGGUAAGGCUUUUUUUACAGAUGGUGCACUGAAAGUGCACAGGACAGUUCACACUAGAGAAACACCUUACAAGUGUUCACACUGUGACAAGAGCUUCAAACGCUCAGAAUAUCUGAGGAUACAUGAGAGGAUCCACACUGGAGAGAAGCCGUAUCACUGCCCAACAUGUGGGAAGAGUUACACUCAUUUUUCUUCUCUAACCGCUCAUAAAAAAACCCACAUGUCUGAAAUGAUAGAGUAAUUACAGAGUUGUAGUUCGAGUUCUGAUCUGUAAGAAUGCAUAAAGCAAGUAUAUUGAUAAUUGAUUAAUCAAAGAUUAUUAGAACAACUAAUGAAUGAACUGAUUGAUUAUUUCAGAAGAAUAUUUGAAGAGUUCAUUUUCAAAAACGGAUAACUCCGUUUUUAACAAUUCUCAGGAAUCAUGCUUUUUCAUUGUGCUUCCAAUUAAUCUCAAUCAAAUUGCAGUUGGG